CGGUGACUCGCUGAGGCAUUUUCCUCGGGAAACAGUCGGAGUUCUCUACAUCGGAACAUACAUCAGGUUUCCGCGUUCGAUUAACGCCGCUGGACUAUAAGCUCCUUUCUGUCACUUUCAGAUCCCGUAUCAAGUCAUCCAAACCAUAUACGUUCCUUGCUCUCCAUGAUCGUCGCCCUACUCAACAUGACGCAAUGUCUGACAAAUAUUUUGCCUAUCGGUGUAUCCCCUCUACCGCUGCUCCUGAGCUGGCUCCUUACGCAGGGAAGCUAUCCAGCUUCCCGUCAACGAGGCGCCUUCGUGUUCGUCCAUCGAUCAAGUCCUGUUCGCAACGCACAGCUCGAUCAUUUACUCGAUCCGUAGCUCUGACAUGCGGCCCGCCUAGCAUACUCAUCUGACUGGGACCGACAUAUGUAUGAACGCCUGCCAUCGGGCGCUCUAUUGUAAUAUACAAUUCCAUGCACGUUGCCUGGCUCUCGCCGUCUGCUGCCGCCAACUAUCACUCCUGCCAUCCUCAUCUCUCCACCAUCAUCGGUCCUGUGCGCCGACUCGGCCGCAGACCCUUUCUACAUACAUCCUCACGCAUUCCCCGCACGCGCUAAUAC